UAGUGCUUGGCUACGGGACAAACUUCCAGAGGCCUGGGUAUACAUUGCAACUGCGUCUCAUUGGUCGAUUUCAACGAGGAAAUGUGGCUACAUUUUGCUGUGUACCUGUCAAACGGACCAGGAGCUCAUUUAAAUCAACGUUUCAGGGCGACUUUCACCUCAGCAAACCACGAGGUCUUGUCUGGUGCUUUUGGAAAUUAGGGGCUGAAAGUUUGCUGAGGACAACGGCGCUAUGAUGCACAUCUGAAGACAUCUCGACCACAUGGGCUCGUAUCCUAUGCUGACCCAAUGGUUUAAUCACCAGGAUUGAAAAUGAGCAUAAGCAGUGAUGAAGUCAAUUUCCUGGUUUACAGAUACCUGCAAGAGUCCGGCUUCUCCCACUCAGCAUUCACCUUCGGCAUAGAGAGCCACAUCAGCCAGUCCAACAUCAAUGGAGCCCUUGUGCCCCCUGCUGCCCUCAUCUCCAUCAUCCAGAAGGGCCUGCAGUAUGUGGAGGCUGAAGUCAGCAUUAAUGAGGAUGGGACCUUAUUUGACGGACGGCCCAUCGAGUCGCUAUCUCUGAUCGACGCCGUAAUGCCAGAUGUGGUCCAAACCAGGCAGCAGGCCUACAGGGACAAGCUGGCCCAGCAGCAGCAGCAGGCAGCCGGCAGUGGCAGCGGGACGGGGCCUCAGGGAAGCACCAAGAAUGGAGAGGGUGCUGCCAACGGAGAGGAGAACGGAUCCCACGCCUUAUCCAAUCACCACUCGGAGAUGAUGGAGGUGGACGGGGACGUGGAGAUCCCUCAAAGCAAAGCGAUGGUGCUGAGAGGACACGAAUCCGAAGUCUUUAUCUGUGCCUGGAACCCAGUGAACGACCUCCUCGCCUCGGGGUCUGGGGACUCGACUGCACGAAUCUGGAACCUGAUUGAGAACAGUACGGGCGGGUCCACUCAGCUGGUUCUGAGGCACUGCAUACGGGAAGGUGGUCAGGACGUACCCAGCAACAAAGAUGUGACCUCACUUGACUGGAAUAGCGAGGGGACGUUGCUAGCAACGGGCUCGUACGAUGGCUUUGCUAGAAUAUGGACAAAAGACGGUAACCUGGCCAGUACUUUGGGUCAGCAUAAAGGUCCAAUAUUUGCACUUAAGUGGAACAAGAAAGGAAACUUCAUCCUCAGUGCUGGUGUAGACAAGACAACAAUUAUUUGGGACGCCCACACGGGAGAAGCAAAGCAACAAUUUCCUUUCCACUCCGCGCCCGCUCUGGACGUGGACUGGCAGAGCAACAACACGUUUGCCUCCUGCAGCACGGACAUGUGCAUCCAUGUGUGUAAGCUGGGUCAGGACCGGCCUGUCAAGACCUUCCAGGGACACACGAAUGAGGUGAACGCCAUCAAGUGGGAUCCCACUGGCAGCUUGCUGGCCUCCUGCUCCGAUGACAUGACACUAAAGAUCUGGAGUAUGAAGCAGGACUUGUGCGUCCACGACCUCCAGGCCCACAGUAAGGAAAUCUACACCAUCAAGUGGAGCCCUACAGGCCCUGGGACCAACAAUCCCAGCGCCAACCUCAUGCUGGCCAGCGCAUCGUUUGACUCCACUGUGCGUCUGUGGGACGUGGAGCGCGGCGUGUGCAUCCACACUCUGACCCGCCACCAGGAGCCCGUCUACAGCGUGGCCUUCAGUCCCGACGGCCGGCACCUCGCCAGCGGCUCCUUUGACAAGUGUGUCCACAUCUGGAACACUCAGACGGGUGCUUUAGUUCACAGCUACCGGGGGACCGGAGGAAUCUUCGAAGUGUGCUGGAACGCCACGGGGGACAAAGUGGGAGCGAGCGCGUCGGAUGGAUCGGUCUGCGUAUUAGACCUGAGGAAAUGACACGUGUUCGGGGGGAGCAAUGGACCGACUACGAAUGUGUACUGUAGCCAAAUCGAGGGACUGUCCCUGCCUGUCCGCCACACUGCUGUAGUCCCAUCAGAUGCCGUGGCCUGCCGUCAGUCAUUAUGUACACAAAAGGACCAGUUCAUAUGCACAAGUAUCAGGUCUGUAUGGACACCUGUGCAAGCUGUCUGUGUAACUACACAGUACAAACGUGUCGGACCCAUCCCGUGCGAACCAAAACUUUAGGAUUCUUCUUGCUUUCCUAUUUUUAUUCUUUGUACCAUAAUUCUAAAUGUGUUGUUUUCUGUUGGUGUGUGCAUAUUGCAUAUGUCAGCAUUUGAUGUCCUGUGGACAUAAUUGUUUUGAAUUUGGAUUGGAAUGAUCUCUGCAGGUUUUUUAUUACUGUACAUGUGGGGGGGGGGAGGGAUGGAUGGUUGGUUGAUUGAUCAAAGCUGUUUGUUGGGAGAUGAAUUCAUCCACUUCUCUGCAGUCUAACGGUCUCUAAUGCAGAUGUAUAGCUGUAUAAUUCUAUGGGCUCUUUUUUAUCUAACAUGUCCGUGUCAUAAUUGAGACAUUUCAACAAAGUUUAAAACAGUUAUUCAAAGGCUCAACUGUCCUUUGUUUUUGCAACUCUCCUCAGAAAUGUUUUUCACUAUUCAUCAGGUCAACAUGGAACUCAAAUAAAAGAAGAUCUUUGUAGCUGUUGAACUGUUCUGUCUGCUGGGCAUAAAGACAUCAACUCCGAUGUGAAGUCCUCUUCAACUCGCCCUUGUUCGGUCUCGAGCUCGCGAUCAGACGGCCGCUCUGUUCUCGUGUCCGUAGUGAGGCAACGAGCUGCAGGAGAAUCAUGAUCUGUGGGGAGAGCGAGGGAGAGAGAGAGAGGGAGAGAAGGGGGAGAGAUGCGGGACAGCAGGUCUACAACCGCUCGCAUCCAUCUGACGUGAACAAAUAGGUCGUAAUUGUGUUCGUUUCCUCCAUUAAUGGCUGGUUGCUAACUAAUGCUGAAUGAUAAUCCGACUGGGCCGUGCUAAUUGUGUCCUGUUCCCCCGCGUGGCCAUUAAAAAUCAGGGCAGCGUCUUGAGUUUCACUUCCUGGCCGGAGUUCGUGUCCAGCAGGUACACACUACAGUGUGUGUGUCGUUGCCCAGAAUUUACACACACAUACACACGCAGGUGCGCGCUCACUCUGGAGACGGGCUGCGUUCCGACCGAUGUAGGGACAGGUGGCACUUUUGUUCGUCGUGUUGAGCGUCUUGAGGCACAUCUGUGCUUGUUGAAUAGCAGAAAAUGACUUAAUGUAACAUGGUAUCGGCAUUUAACUCUAUAUAUUAUAUAUAAAAAUAUUUGUGGGUUCACAGGUGAGACUUUUGUUUGCUAAUGGAGGCUCUUCAUCACCACGGGGUUGUGACCAUGAGGAAUGUUUUUUUUUUU